AUUAUGAUAGUCUAGGUUAUAAAUUCUAUUUAGGAUAAUCGAAAAGGAAAAAAUAAUUAUAUGGAAGGUUCUAAAGGACAAUUUUGCCGUAUUUGCAAUAAUACUGAGAGCAAUGAAAAUUUUACAGUGAUAGACGAAUCUAUAAGGGAACUUUUAAAGACAGUUUCACUGAAUCUGGACUCGGUGGACAACUAUAAACAUAUCAUGUGUUCUACUUGUUGUGCUAAAUUGUACUCUGUGUGUGACUUUAAAUUCACUUGUCUCUACGUUGAGGAUAAGAUUGUUUCUAAUGUUAAUCCCACAAUGUCAUUUGUUGAUUUAAGAGAAGUUUAUUUAAAAGAACACGAUAACAAAUCGUUAAUUAAAAUAGAAGAUGAUCAGAAAAUAUGUCGAUUAUGCUUGCAGCUGGUUAGCGAACAAUUUGUGCCAUUUUAUGAAACGAAGUUAGAGAUGAUUGACAGAUGCAUUCCAGAAGUGAAUUUUGGCCUAACGGAAGAUCCAGUAGUUUGCAGGCAAUGUUUUGAUUCACUCAUCAUUCACGAUACCUUCAUAAAGACUUGUUUGGAUGUUGAAAAGCAAAUUCACAACAUCUGUACCAACAAAAUCAUAGAUUUUGAGUUUGGCGAUACAUUUAUUAAAAGUGAAACUGAUGAAAUAGAUUUAGGAGAUGAACAGAAGAUGGAAGGGUUCAUCGAAAUUAAAAAAGAGUUAAAGAUGGAAGAAGCUCCCAUUGAAACUAAAGAAGUCAACAUAAAAGCUGAAGGAAAUGAUUGGGAUAGUGAAGUCUCUUUGUGCACUUACACGGACGCAGCAGAAAUAAAGAAUGAACAUAUGGUUAAAUGUGAGACAAAAGGACAUCAAAUAAGUGCACUUGAAGCUGCAUUAAGCACACCAUCGUGUAAUAGUGAAAACAAAAAUGAGUUUCAUGGUGGUCUAGAACAGGAAGCUGCUCCGGGAUUUAUACAUUGCAAGAAGAGCCCCACGCACAACCAGAUAAUAAGCAAAGGCUCUUCUGGAGGAAGAAUGUAUAAAUGUGAUAUAUGUACGUACGAAACUAAAGAUAGGAGUCAUUUGAAAAGGCAUCAGUUGUUACACAAAGACCCUUCGGAAAUUAAAAUGUUCAAAUGUGAUACGUGUACUUAUGAGAGUAAAUACAAGAGUGCUCUGAAAAUGCAUCAAUUAUUACAUAAAGAUCCUUUGGAAAUCAAAAUGUACAAGUGUAAUCUUUGUACUUAUGAGACUAAACAUAAGUAUUGUUUGAAAGUGCAUCAGUUCUCGCACAAAGAACCUUCUGAAAUCCAAAUGUACAAGUGUGAUACUUGUAGCUAUGAAGCCAAGUAUAAGAGAAGUCUAGAAUGUCAUCAAUUAACCCACAAAGACCCUUCGGAGAUCCACAUGUACAAGUGUGACACUUGUAGUUAUAAAACCAUGUAUAAGAGAUAUCUAAAAUCGCAUUUGUUGUCACACAAAGAUCCUUUAAAUAUCCAAGUGUACAAGUGUGAUGCUUGUAUGUAUGAAACUAAAUAUAAGAGUGAUCUAAAAUUACAUCAAUUAUCACAUAAGUGCUCUUCAGAAGUCAAAAUGUACAAGUGUGAUGCUUGUACUUAUGUAACUAAACGUAAGAAUUGUCUGAAAGCACAUCAGUUAUUGCACAAAAAACCUUCCGAAAUCCAAAUGCACAGAUGUGAAACUUGUGGUCAUGAAACCAAGUAUAAGGGACAUCUAAAAGUACAUCAAUUACUGCAUAAAGACCUUGGCCAGAUCCAGACGUACAAGUGUGACACUUGUAAUUUUGAAACCAAGUAUGAGAGAUAUCUAAAAAUGCAUCUGUUAUUGCACAAAGACGUUUCAGAAUUGGAAAUGUACAAAUGUGACAUUUGUAGCUAUGAAACCAGGCAUAAGACAUAUCUAAAACGGCACCAAUUAAAGCACAAAGAUAAUAUCAAAAUUCAAAUGUACAAAUGUGACACCUGUACGUAUGAAACUAAUUUUAAAAGCAACCUAAAAUCACAUCAGUUAAAGCACAAAGACCCUUCAGAAACACAAAUGUACAAGUGUGAUACAUGUUUUUUUGUAAGUAAAUAUAAGAGUGCUAUGGACAGACAUCAGUUAACCCACAAAGACCUCUCAGAAAUCCAAAUGUACAAGUGUGAUACAUGUAGUUUUGAAACUAAACAUAAGAGUAGUAUCAAAAAACAUCAGUUGACUCACAUGAACCCUUCCACGGGAAGCGGGAAUAUGAUACACGUUAUUAUAAUGCCAUUUUGAAAAUUGCUCAGCAGUUAAAAACAUUCUUCAAAAAUCUAAGUAUUCGAACGUAACGGAUAUGUUUUCUAUACUAAGCAUAAGCAGAGUUUAAGAAUUUAUGUGUUGAAACAUCAAGAUUCAUCAAAAGUGCAAAUGGGCAAGUGUCUUAGAUCAGGCAUAGAAACAGUCUAAACAGCAGCUUUGCCAAUAUGGUUUGGAGAAGGUUUUGCCGGAUAUGUGCAAAAUUCACACCAAUAUAUUUGACAUUAUUUAGUGGUAAAAUUAUAGAACACAAAAUUCGUUUAAGUCAACCCUUGGCAUGGUUGGAAAUAGACCAAUUAAAGAUUUCAGUGUGAAAGUGUACGUUCGCUAGUUCAAAAUUAAAUUACUAGGUUGAUUUAAAAAAAAGAUACCAAAGUUCAAUUGCUUACAUUUCUUUGUAGAACAUUAAAAUGGUGCUUUGUUCCGAAGUUCGUUAAAUAAAUUUUAUUAUUUCA